AUGUUCAUGUUGCUUGCAUUUGGAUUGCUGCUGCAAGAAAUUCUGGCUAAUUCCCAAACUGAAAAUAUUACUGACUUCAAAAAUAUUCUAGAAGAGCCGUUAUAUAGCUACAAAUCUAUCAACUUGCCUGAUGAGCAUAUUCCCUACUUUCUGCACAACAAUCGGGACAUUGCUGGUAUCUGUAAGCAGGACUCUCAUUGCCCAUAUAAAGUAGGUUUUUGUUCUGUGUUACAGAAAUACUUGAAGAAACUAAAAUCCUGCUGGGGUUAUGAGAAAUCUUGCAAACCAGAGUACAGGUUCACUUACCCAGUGUGUGAUUAUGUUGAAACUGGUUGGGCAAGUGACAUUGAGACAGCCCAACAGAUAUUCUGGAAACAAGCUGACUUUGGUUACGUUCAGGAGAGGCUCAGUGAAAUGAAAACCCAUUGUAAGCCUGCAGCAGCAGGAGAUUCAUCUCUGACGUGCUCUCGGUACCUCCAGCACUGCAGAGCCACAAACCUGUACAUGGAUUUACGAGCCAUAAAGAGGAACCACGACAGAUUCAGAGAAGACUUUUUCCAGAAGGGAGAAAUUGGGGGUCAUUGCAGCCUCAACGUUCAAGCAUUUUUGGCAGAAGGUCAGCGGAAGAGCCCUCUGCAGUCUUGGUUUGCAGAACUCCAGACAUUUACUGCAUUAAACUUCAGGCCCCUAGAAGAUGAGCAGUGUGAUGUUAUUAUUGAAAAGCCAACGUACUUCAUGAAAUUAGAUGCAGGUGUUAACAUGUACCAUCACUUCUGCGACUUCGUCAAUCUUUACAUUACACAGCACGUCAAUAAUUCCUUCAGUACUGAUGUCAACAUAGUCAUGUGGGACACUAGCUCCUAUGGCUAUGGUGACCUCUUCAGUGAGACGUGGAAGGCGUUUACUGACUACGAAAUAAUACACUUGAAAACUUUUGACUCUAAAAGGGUGUGCUUUAGGGAAGCAGUCUUCUCCCUGCUGCCCCGCAUGCGCUACGGCUUGUUCUACAACACACCACUGAUCUCUGGCUGUCACGGUACAGGGCUAUUUAGAGCAUUUUCUCAGCAUGUGUUACACAGAUUAAAUAUCACACAAGAAGGACCCAAGGAUGGGAAGAUGAGAGUCACAAUACUUGCACGCAGCACGGAUUACCGGAAAAUAUUAAACCAGAAUGAGCUUGUGAGUGCUCUGAAAACGGUACCGACGCUGGAGGUCAGAGUGGUAGACUACAAAUACAGGGAACUUGAAUUUUCAGAGCAAUUGAAAAUUACCCACAACUCUGAUAUAUUCAUUGGGAUGCAUGGAGCUGGACUUACCCAUUUGCUCUUUCUGCCAGACUGGGCUGUUGUUUUUGAACUGUACAACUGUGAAGAUGAACGUUGUUACCUGGACCUGGCGAGGCUGAGGGGGAUCCGCUACCUCACCUGGAGGGACAGGAGCAAAGUCUUCCCUCAGGACCAGGGACACCACCCAACACUGGGAGAACAUCCAAAAUUUACAAACUACUCCUUUGAUGUGGAAGAAUUUAUGUACUUGGUGCUUCUGGCUGCAAAUCAUGUUUCACAGCAUUCCAAGUGGCCAUUUAGGGUAAAACAUGAUGAAUUCUAA